CCAACAUGACAGUGACUGUUGCGCAAAGUUCCCCUUUUUAGCCUUUACAGUCCACCAACACUUCCUGUUUAUUUUCUCAGGCUCAUAAUUUCUUAGAGAGGAUGAAGAUGAUAACAGAAAAUUUUGUUUUGCCUGUCAGAAAGAGAGCAGGAUCUUGCAGACAGGCCUUAACGUCUCUGCUGUCAUACCUCUGGGACGUUUACUCGGCACCCUCUCCUGCGGGCAGGGACAUCCUCACUCUGCUGUCUCUCUGUUUCACACUUGCAUGUGUUACUGGUGGCUUGCUUCACCACUGGCUGUCAAAGAGUCUGAGAUAUGAUUACGAAGCGUCGGUUCAAACUGUCAGUAUCUACAGUGUGAGCAUGUUUCUGGUCUCCUUCCUGUGCCAUCCCCUGCGCUGUGUGCUAACAAUGAUCCUUCCUACAGUUUGCACCAAACAAGGACGGAAACUCCUCAUCACGGCCUCUGUCAUGAUUUUGGUGCUGAAUGUCAUCCCUAAUAUCACAGUAAAUGUGGGAGCAGUGGCACGCAUCCUGAAGUGCACUGCUGAGGGUUUUGCAAAGACUUUAUUAAACUCAUCUGAACCUUUGAACAAAGCCAAGACAGACCUUGUUGAAGAAGCCAUCAAAGUAAAGUGGGAGGACUUGAGCAUUGUUACCAACUUAAGGACUUUGGAUCAUUACACACAUAUUGAUGUGUCUGAUGUCAAAAGCAUGUUUACUAAGAUAAUUGGGAAGAUAGAGGUCAACUUCUCACAUGCCAGGAACCUCCUCAGAGAAUACAAACUGCUGUCAAACCGGAUUCUUGCUGCCGUCUUUGUUGCACUGCUGAUCGCUGAAUCUGCACGCUACUUGAAAUCUUAUCUGACAUCAGUUCAUUUUGAUAAUGGGUACAUCUCCAAAGAGCUCUUGCAAAAAAUGCCAAUCAAUGAAAGGCCAGCUAAAAAUAAAAUCAAUCUUGAAAACUGUAAAGUAAUAAGUCAGGAAUGUUCCUCUUGUUUCCUAUCACUGAUUGUGGUAACUUUAUAUUUCAUUGCAAUAACCCUAAUAGUAGUUUUGGAUCAUGUUGUGUACUACAUAGUUCAGAUGAUUGCACCAUGGUUGCUGGACUUUCCACCUACAUCUGCUGUUAUAAGUGUCAAUUAUAAGGUUCAGUGGUUCCCCCCUGCCUUUUGUAUUAUCCCACAAUCCUGCAUCAAACGGGAGCUGGUAAACUUCCACAGGGAUUACAAGUGGAAUUUCAGCCCUGGGCCAUCUCUCUGUGAUGUGACAACUUCAGCUCCAAACCUGGGAGUCACACUCCUGCUGGGAUGUCUCUGGCUGAUGAGCUACUUUCUGGUUUUCCUUGAGGUUUAUGCAAGGCGGCUACGCAGAAAAAUCUCUGCAUCCUUCUUCAGAAAGCAGGAGGAGAAGAGAAUAGCUUACUUGAUGAGGAAAAUGCACGUGAAGAAAAAUAAAAAACACCAAAAGGGGGACAUUUCUGUUCAUGUGCAAAUUUGAAUGACAUGUAACAGCUAAUGAAUCGACUGCUAUGAAAAUAGGUUGCAUGUUUAGACCAUUUGGAUCAACUGAUCUAGUGGUACUUUCACUUUGUGAUGUAACCAAAGUUGUGUGGAUGUGUAAUUUUGUAUAUUGGUAUGAUCUGUCCUGUUAGUCUAUGUCCAUACUUUUAAUCACGAACUCUAAUAGAAUAGCUUUGCUUGAUUCACAGUUCAAAAAGUUAUCUUAUACUGGGCUUUGGUGCAGCCCCUCUCUUUAUUCUCUAUCCCUACUCACACCCAUCAAAGCCAACUGUAGAUUUUUUUUUUUAAUUUGGGGCUUUUUGCAAACAAAAGGUUCAUGCCCACAGAGCUGUGUAUUUGUGUCAUAUUAAGGCUGACACAAGAGUACAAGAGUAGAAAUAACAGAGCUGUCUCAAUCCUGACCUUUUGGCUCACAGGGUUUACCUGCGCAUACACUGAUCUGAGGUAAUUAUUUUGGUCCAGGUGUUGGAUUUAUAACAUUUAUGUUUAAUAUUGCUGAUGAUGCCCUGUAAAAAGUUCAUUUUUAUUUUGUGUAGUGGGCCUCAGCAAGUUGAAGCAUCAUAAGCCUCCGCUGACUGAUCUUGAAGGUAAAGCCUCCCAGAUGCUAAAGUGACUGUUUCUUGUUUUCUUUGAUGUCUGUAUCAUUCGGUGGUCUUCUUUGUUUCUGUUUUGCAAAAUGUAAACUGAAUACAGUGCAUCCUGUGUAUGAGU